UACUCCAGUUGGCAGUGUGUAGUUUAAAAACUUUCAAGAGGGCUAGCGAGAGUAGUUGUCUGAAAAUAUUUAACAAAGUAUUAAGUGUUGGUUACUAUGAUGAAUUUUUCAGUUGGGCGUUUAGUCCUGAAGCAGUCUAGUCAGCAGCUAGUCCAUUGGUUUAGUUCCUUACAGUUAGGUGAAGAACAAAAUUAUCAACAUGCAGUAUGAUGUGAAUACUUCAAGAGUGGUAGCUAUUACAUUUUUUACUUUCUACAUAGCUGGUAAAAUGUGUUUAGUACCAUUUUUAACGUUGUCAUUUCGACACAUGGGCUUUUCUUCGACUGAAACUGGUCUUAUACGUGGGAUUGAAUCACUUCUAGGAACAUUCCUCGUAGCUACCUUAAUUCACUGUGCAAAACUCAAAUGUCAACGAAGACCGCUGAUGACAAGUGCCUUAUUUGUAGCGGUGCUUGCUUAUUUAUCACUGAUGUUAGCUCCGUAUUUGGUAACAAAUGUUGGGAUAAAUCGGUUCGACUUUAAUGAUAGUCUGAAGGAAGGAUAUAAUCAUUCACAAGCUAUUCUGCCAGAAUCAGGUAGUUUACAAGAAAACAUUUUACAGCCAUCCAUUAACAUGUUAACAGAUUCAGCUGAGAAAAACCACAGUUUUCUUUCCUUGUCUAUAUCUGUAGUGUCAAACCUUACAAGUACUUUUUCACCUGUAACAUUAUCCUUAAAGCCCAUCUUGCGUGAAAGUACUAGUGAGGUUGGUAAUGCCAAUAUUACCCAGCUACCUCUAAGUAUAGUGACCUAUCCUCUUCAGAUAAAUGAUAGUGAAACAGUUUAUACUGUACUGCAGAUUGAAUCAAAUAGUACUGGUGAAAAUAAUUCAGUUUCUUUGUAUGGUAAUGAAAAAUCUAAUCAAAAUACCCAACAUAAAUUAAUUUUACAACAUCCAAAUAGUAAUCAGAAAACAUUCAAUAAAAAUCUACAGUUAUUGUCUAAUCGUAAUCAUAGUAUAGGGUUUCCAGGAAUGCAAGCAUUUUCAAAAGAAAUUAAAAACCAGUCUAAAAGAUAUUUUUGGAGAAGAUCACCUUCAGAUGGGCAAGAGAAUAAGCUGAAACCUGAAAACACUGAUACAACUAGUUUCUUCCAUCUGCGAACAAAAGCAGCAAGUGGACAUCGAAAAAAUGAAAGUUUAGUUGCAAAUUCUUUUGAGAAUAAAGAAAAAAUUGGUAGAGAGAGAUUAUCCACAGAAAAUAUAACCAGACAUGAAAGAUAUUUGUCUCAAAAUACUGGCAAUAGUAGGGUUGAACAUAUUUUGCUAUUUUGUUUCAUUUUGGCUUUGCUUUUAUUGGGGAGUACGAUGGUUAAUACUGUAGACAGACUAACGGAUGAUUCGUGGUUUGAGUUUUUGGAUGAAAUAGAUUACAUAGAAAAGUAUGGGGAGACUUGUAUCUAUGUUUGUGUUUCUGCAGUUGGUGCUUCUGCUGUCUUUAUCCUUGGAGUAAUUACUGUUUACAUUUUUGAAGAUGCGAUGUUUAACUUGAGUCACUUCUACGUUCAUUCUUGUGCUCUCGGACUUCUUUUUGCAGUUGCUUUUGGCAUAUUGUUUUGGUUUCCAGUUCCUCAGACAAAGGGAUCGUUUAUUCAUGACCAAACUAAAUCUCUUAAAAGUUUCAAAGUCAUAUUUAGAGAUGUUCGGACAGUACUGACUAUUGUGACUGUUAUAUUUUGCGGCUUUUGGUUUGCUUGCUUUCGUGACUAUCGUCUGUGGUACCUGGAAGACCUUGGUGCUGAUGAAUAUAUUUUGAGUGCAGCUGUUGCUGUGGGGCUAGCUUCAGAAAUUCCUAUCCAUGUUUUUUAUAAAAACAUUAUAAAGAAACUAACUGUAAAUGGAAGUCUUUCUCUGACAGUUCUAAGUUACAGCACAAUGUUUUUCUUGAUAUCUUUCAUUCCUUCCCCAUUAGGUAUUGUAUCUAUGCAUCUUUUGGAAGGAAUUUCAAAUGCAUUAAUGUGGAGGGCAGUUUUUUCUUUUAUUGAUCAGAUUUCUAAUCCAGGCAUGGACCGACACGUAACCACCUUGUUUUAUGCUUUGCAUGGGUGUGUGGGCCAGUCGAGUGGAGCGUUCUUUGGUGGUUUUUUGUACAACUAUGUGGGACCAGUUCGAAUGUUCCAAGUUGGAGCAAUUUUUGCUGCAACAUGGAGUUUUUUGUUUUUCGUUUCCCAGCGCUAUCUUCCAACUCUUCAGAGACGCACAUAUUCAAAGAUACUUUUUGGAGAAUUACACAAUGAGAGAGAAGACAAGGGAUUUUAUCGAGCCUUAACUUCUGAUAGUGAUGAGGAAUUUUUAGAUUCAUAAUACUGGCUCAAAUUUGUCAACAUAACUGCCAGAAUGAGACAGCAAUUCAUAAUAAUUGAGAUAAUUAAUGUUUAUAUUUAGCUAUUUUAUUAUAAUUAGUUUUUCAUUAAAUACAUGACAAGAUUUAACAGGCUUGUUUCACCAUGUGAUACGAUUUUUUAUUUCAUCCAUGAGCUGUCAAGCUUUUUAACAAUCUCAUCAGCAGGUGAUAAUUAUGCAGUGUUUGACCUAAAAUUGUGAAAAAAAAUAGCAAAUUUAGUAAUUGUUUUCAAAUUUUAUAAAUGAAAACCUAGCCUACCAUGUGAUUACGAGAUCUUAAAACUAUCGAAGUACAGUGGUGUUAUUGAAGGACUUUACAGCUGAAUGAAACAAAAAAUAUUUUUUAAGAAGAUAUAUUUGACCAUAUGUAUUUUUUGUUGCAUUUUGGGUUGAUAUGGUAGUUAUAUAUAAGAGCAAAAAAUAUUUUUCAAUUACUUUUGACAUAAAAUAUUUUCAAUUUUAUGUUUUGUGGAAUACAAGUAAUUAAUAUUAACUUACAAUUAGAGCAAGCUACGUUACAUAGACCAAAACUAAAAAUUAACGGCCAAUCGGGUUGAACACAUGGAUGAAGACAAAACAUUCUUAGGGUUAAAAUUCAAUCCAGACACGCAGUCCAAAAG